ACUGUUUGUUUAUUCUUCUAAUAAUUAACCUGCUUGCAGCCUGGAUUUUAAAUGAUUCUUCACGGCAGUUUGUAGCUCUGGGUUUUUAUCUCUGCUGCAGUAAUAAUAAUAAUGAACUACUUCUCUUUGCUCUCCGCUGAAAUGUGGGCCCUCCUGGUCCUUUCUGUGGUUCUUUUGGUUCUGUUUGGAAACUUGCCCAACCGUUUCUUUACAAAAUUAGGCAUUCCGGGUCCGAAGCCUCUACCUUUCUUGGGAAACAUGCUGGAGUACAGAAAGGGAUUUCAUGCAUUUGAUAUGGAAUGCUUCAAACGGUAUGGUAGGAUCUGGGGAAUAUAUGAAGGGAGGGUGCCAGUACUUUGCAUCCUGGACAAAACCAUCAUCAAAUCUGUGCUUGUAAAAGAAUGUUAUUCCCUGUUUACCAACAGAAGGGAUAUGGGUCUGAAUGGUCAACUCUAUGACUCCCUGUUUGUUACCAAGGAUGAUGACUGGAGGAGAAUCCGAAGUGUUCUGUCCCCCUCUUUCACCAGUGGGAGACUCAAAGAGAUGUUUGGGAUCAUGAAGACACACUCAAACACUUUAGUAAAAAAUCUUGAGAGGACAGCCAAGCAAGCAUCUGGAGUGAAUGUUAAAACAUUCUUCGGAGCCUACAGUAUGGACGUGGUAACUAGCACAGCGUUCAGCGUUGACAUAGAUUCCCUCAACAACCCUGAGGACCCAUUUGUGACCAACAUCAAGAAACUGUUCAAUUUUGACUUUUUUGAUCCUCUAUUCCUCCUUGCAGUACUGCUGCCUUUCACGGUCCCCCUGCUAGAGAAGUUCAACCUCACUUUUUUUCCUGCAUCAGUGACAGACUUCUUUGUUGCAGCCCUCCAAAAGAUCAAAGAAGAUCGAGUCUCCACGGACUAUAAGAGGAGAGUUGAUAUCCUGCAGCUAAUGAUGAACUCUCAGACAGCAGACAAAGUUGAAGACCAACAUGGAGACGAGAUCAAGAAAAGUCUGAAUGAUCAUGAGAUCUUGUCCCAGUCAAUAUCUUUCAUCUUUGCUGGCUAUGAGACGACGAGCGCUACACUGUCUUUCUUCUUCUAUAACAUGGCAACCAACCCAAAAAUCAUGAAGAAACUCCAGGAGGAGAUUGACCAAACCUUCCCAGACAAGGCUCCAUUUGAGUAUGAUGCAAUGAUGAACAUGGACUAUCUGGAUGCCACAUUGAGUGAGUCGCUCAGGUUGUAUCCUGUCGCCGCUCGGCUAGAUAGGAUCUGCAAGAAAACCAUGGAGAUCAAUGGCCUCACCAUCCCCAAGGACAUGGCUGUCAUGAUACCAACCUUCCCUCUUCAUAGAGACCCUGAAUACUGGACUGACCCAGAUACCUUCAACCCAGAGAGGUUCACUAAGGAGAACAAGGAGCUCAUUGACCCCUACACAUACAUGCCCUUUGGGGCAGGACCCAGGAACUGCAUUGGGAUGAGGUUCGCCCUGGUGUCCAUGAAGCUGGCCAUCAUACAGAUACUGCAAAACUUCAACGUCAUCGUCUGUGCCGAGACAAAGGUUCCGUUGGAGUUGGGUUUGGGUGCUUUUCUGGUUCCUAAAGAACCCAUCAAACUCAGAUUCAGCCGCCGAACAGACUCCCAUUCAGACAACGUCUGCAAUGCCAGUCACUGAUGCAUGUGGAUAACCUGUGUUCAACCAUACUGCUCGUUAAAUCAGAGUGUGUGUUAAAUCAUGAUGUAUGUGGUUAACCUGUGUUACAAUAGUUAACUUGGAUAGUGGGAUAGUUGGUUUUGAUUUUGAUAUGCUUAAUGGGUAGGUUACCUGUCGUUUCCAUCAGGGCUUAUUAAAGUAGUUCAUUUAGAAUCAAACACAGCUCAUUUUUCUUUCAGAGAAACAUGACUGCAGCACUGUGGUUGCCUGACACAGUCCAGCGGCAUUCGAGGCUUCAGAAAUUGCAGAUAUAUCACUUUUUUGAAAAUACAUGUUUAUUAAUAAUGUUUUUUUUUCAGAAUAAAUGUCACAAUAAUAUAAAUAAUCAUAUUGCAGGGUGUAUUAUCCCAUAAAGACAGAAAAACAUUACAUUCUGACUCUGUAAUGACAGUCAUUGUUCAUCACACUGAAAAUUAAUUUGUUUUACAUAAAUUGCAGAUUUUUAUUUCCUAUUGAUUUACUGGGACUCAUAUUUGGGUUAAAAGAAGUAAAUAUUUGGACACUGGGGUUAAAAGCUUUAAUCUAAAAGUUGACAAAUUAUAAUAAUGAAUGCAAAAUUAACAUGAUUAUUAUGAUUGUAAAUGAAUACAUUCAAACUGAUAUCUGUAUAACCUUCUCUAUAGGCACUUCAAUGCACAUUAAAAACUCAGAUCUGGUACUGC